UAUGUUUUCUGCCACUCUUCCUUUGCCUGCGUGCUCCCUCCUUAUCGUGAAAAGAAGAGCCCAAACCACCACCAAGGAUGGCUGGCACAGAACUGCCAGAAGGGCUGAAAAUUAUAUUGGUCCUCGCAACCGCCCUCUCUCUCAUUCCGCACUUGAGCCACCUCUGGUGGACGACAACCAUUGUCGGCCUUUCAACAUUCUCCGCCCUUUUGAAUGGGCUUCUUACUACAAAUGGGCUAUUCACCUUCAUCCGCACUUUUACCCGGAAGCCUGAUGAACAUGGACCUUUCAUCCGCAGUCCCGUCAGCAAUGAGGACUGGCUCAAUUUUUUGCAAAGACCCGUUAGAUUUCUGUCACUUUUGGCCAUGUGAGUACAGCUCUGCACAGCUCUGCUCGCCUUGAAUGGCAGGCAUUUAGCUAGGUCCCUUUCUAUCUCUCCGACCCGCCCCGGAAAAUGACUCCUGAAAGUAAUAAACGGGUGCAUAGAACCAUGGUCCCCUUAAGCUUCCUCCGCAUGAUCAUGUACCACUCGACUGGAAGCAAGUGGGCUAAGGCAGCGGCAGUCAUCAUCCAUACCAUAUUCUCAAUCUUCGCCCUCCUCCCCCAACUCGACUUGAUGAUCUCCGAGACCCCUCGGAUGGGUCAUGGUGACCUGGUCAUCGACCUGUUCUUCAUGCCAAUCUGGUCUGUAAACAUUCUGUUGGCAAUGCUCGCGGCCAUCCUCCCCGUCUACUUCCAAACUCGUCAAGGCGCCCGUUUACGAGGAACCAACAAUCCCCCUGCACUUACAUACACCGGGCUCUUCAGUGACGUUUGCCUUAUCCUUCAGGUCGCCAUGUCUUGGAACUUUUGUACCUCCUGGCCGUGGCGCAUCGAGCGGAUCAGUCAGGUGCAAGCUGCGGCAGCCGCUGCUUCUUAUUCCCCUACUCGGUGGUUUAAAGUUGUGCGGUGGGAGGAUUGGCAUAUUGUCGCUUAUCUGGGGUUCGCUCUAGGGCAGUGUGUCGUGUUUUGUUUGCCGUUGUGGGCUCGGUAUAGACGGGGUCCACAAAAACUGCCUCUAUUCAAACAAGGCUUGGCCUAG